AUGAUAUGGCAAAAAGGCCUGGCCUUCUUUGAAAAUUCACAUUUGCCUUGUGAUCCAAAAGGCGCUCGUGGCUGUGUAGCCGAGUGGUUAGCGUGUCAAGCUACCGUCCUGCACUGUCGCGGUUCCAGUCCCGCUGAGAGUGUUGAUAAGACCAAUGCGACGUCAAAACUGCAGUCCACUGGGGCCUGGAUGAGAAGAACUUUUGGGAAUGCAAAGCUAGGUAAAAAUUCAAACGUCAGUCCAACUCAUAUCAUUUGUGGGAAAAUUCUACUUCUACCAGUCCUUCAUCACCUUAAACGAACUUGGGCGAAUACAUCUUAUAUAAAAAAGAAGCCAGGGUUGCAGCAGGCCACCUUUAUUGUCUUUGUGCCCUUUUCGGACGAAAUCCAUCACAUGACGGCGAAGGCUCAACAAGGAUUCACCAGCGACACAGGACCCAUUCGUUUCCUGUGA